AUGAACGAUAACGAAAUCGAAAAUUUAAAAACUGAAUUAGAACAUGAAAAAACAUGCAGAGAAUCAGCGGCAUGGCAAAAUGGUGAACUUGAAAAACAAAUAGUUUGUAUACAGGAAGAAUUGCGUAAAGCAGAUUAUUCUUGGGAUUUAGAUCUUGACUUGCAAAAGGAAAGCUUAAAACAUAAGCAAUUGCUUGAAGCUAUCGAUACUUUGAAAGAACAGCUGCCUAUACUGAAGAACAAAAUCAAAGGCGCGAAAGUUUGUGGACUAGAUUGCAAACUGAAGCAUGAUGAUUUAAACAUCAAUUUGGAUAUUCUUACUCCUGCUGAAUUGUUACGUACAGUUAAACGAUUCGAAAGACUAAAAACUGACUUGAUAAGCACUCUCCGUAGCAGAGAAUGGCGAUUAGAUUCAGAGUCGAAGUUGUUUGUGAGAGUUAAUGACCAAAGAACAUACUUACAAAACGAACUCAUGAUUUGCCAAAACAACAUCAUGCGUCUCCAAAGGAAUGGAUCUUAUUGGCAGCAUCUUCCCCGUAAGAACGACGAGAGAGUCUUGGACCCAAAGCGAGGACCUAUAAAGAAAAUAUUCGGCAAUGAGCGCCUUCCACCUAUAGCUACUCAA